UGAUCUGAUAUUCUGUUAUCUCAUUCUGCUCAAGUGCAAACCAGUCACCUGUAAGAAGAGUGAGCACUGUGCCUUGAAGGGCGGUGUCCGGGACUGCUACCCAAUAUCCCAUGCGACAUGCCAGGGCUCCGGAGACCCCCACUACCGAAACUUUGAUGGACGCCGCUUUGAUUUCCAGGGCACUUGCACCUACACCCUGUCUCAACUCACCAAGGGAUCAGAGCAGGACCUGGAGCCGUUCCAUGUGCUGGUCCAAAAUGAGAACCGAGGCCGCAACAAGGCUGUGGCCUACACCAAGUCCGUCUCUCUCAUUGUAUUUGGUAACAUCACUGUCAGCAUGAGUCGUGCCAGUGUGGGAGAAAUGCUGGUGAACAGUCGGUCGGUGAACCUGCCUUACUCCACUGAAGACAACAAGCUCUCCUUGUUCCGGCGUGGCUACUUCGGCUAUGUUAGGACAUCUUUUGGUUUGACACUCAUGUUCAACUGGAAGAGCCACGUCAGCUUGACUCUACCCAGUACAUACUCUUCUGCUACAGGCGGCUUGUGUGGAAAUUACAAUGGAAAACCUGCCGAUGGCUUAAUGAAACCUGAUGGCACCCAGGCUGACAACGUGAACGCCUUCGGAGACAGCUGGAAGGCAGGAGGAGACUUUGGCUGCACUAGUGACUGUCCAGGUGGUAAAUGUCCGGAGUGUGAGCCUGCGAUGAUACUACGUUACCAAAAGCCAAGCUACUGUGGCAUCAUCGCCGAUAAACAAGGACCGUUUGGACAGUGUCACAGUAAACUGGACCACUCCUCCUUCCUCAAUGACUGUAUUUUUGAUUUGUGCGUGUACCGAGGCCACGCCUCCGCCCUAUGCAACAGCCUAUCAGCUUUCAGCACCUCUUGUCAGGAUGCGGGAGCGAAAGUGGGGAGCUGGAGAACCGAACAAUUUUGUCCUCCAUCGUGUGGCGCGAACAGUCACUACGAGAUGUGUGCCCCCCCCUGCCAGCUGACCUGCAGCGGCCCGACACCCCUAGUGGACUGUGAAGACAACGCGCUCUGCAUAGAAGGCUGCGUGUGUGACGACGGAUUCUUGCUGAGCCACGACAAGUGUGUACCUCUGGCAGAGUGCGGCUGUGAGUUCGAUGGACAGUAUUAUCGAAAUGGACAGGUGUUCUUUUCGGGAGAGUCAUGUGACUCCCGUUGCGUGUGUUCAGACGGUGGAAAUGUAGAGUGUGAUGAGGAAUUCCUCUGCUCGCCCAAUGAGAUGUGUGUUGUGAAAGAGGGCGCGGCCUCCUGUUCACCCAAGAGCACUGGUUCCUGCUCUGUGAGCGGGAUCAGGACCAUCAGGUCCUUUGACGGACAGGAUUAUCCUCUGUGGGGAGACUGUCUGUUCAUAUUGGCAGACGUGCAAGAGCAGGAAGGAGUGAUGGAAGAAUUCUCUGUGUAUGUACAGCAGCAAACCAGUAAGGAUGGCCAAGUCUCUCGCAGUGUGCAGCUCAAGGUUUACGACGUGGAAAUCACUAUGGAGACCGGGGUUGUUUGGGAAAUCAAGGCCGAUGAAAUCAGAGUCUACCUUCCUGUGUCACUGGCUGACGGAAAAGUGCGAGUGCAUCAAAAUGGCAUCAACAUCAUCAUUACAACUGACUUUGAUCUGAAGCUGACCUACGACAGUGUUGCGGGAGUGGUCCUACAAAUCCCGUCCACCUAUAGCGACCAGCCACGUGGUCUCUGCGGCGACUAUAACGGUAGUCCAGAUGACGACCUGACAUCAACACGAGGCAAGGAUUCAACAGACACAUCAGCAGCCUGGGUCGUAACGGAGGACGACGUUUCUUGUGACACGGGCUGUGGUGCCAGUUCCUGCCCUGGGACAGAUAAACAGAAGGACCCAGACGCUGAAAAGGCCUGUGACAUCAUCAAAGCCCAGGAGGGCCCAUUUGCAGGUUGCCACUCAACAGUGAUGCCAACUCCGGACUACAAUGCUUGUGUCAGGGAGAUGUCCACAGACAAAGCGGGCGCGGACAUCCUGUGUCGUCACAUCCACAAUUAUGUUACAGCUUGUCAACUUGCUGGCUCCAAGAUAAGCAAAUGGAGAAGCGACACUCUCUGCCCUCUGAAGUGUCCAGCAGGAAGUCACUAUGAGCUCUGCGCCUCUUCCUGCUCCUCCACCUGCUCCUCUCUGGAGGAGUCCGGGCCCUGCCCAGUGUGCCAGGAGGGCUGCGAGUGUGACGACGACCUCAUAUCCGAUGGAGUCCGCUGUGUUUCAGUAGAGAAAUGUGGCUGCGUGGUGGAUGGACAAUAUUAUGGGACGGAUACAUCAACAUUAUCGGAGGACUGUUCAGAGCGCUGUACCUGCCAGUCUGGACAAUUCAGCUGCAGCAACACAAGCUGCAAGUCGACCGAGGAGUGUCGCAACAAGGAUGGAACCAUUGGCUGCUACUCUACAGACCCUUGUGCGGAAGUUCAUUGCAGGGUGAAGGAGCACUGUGAGGUGUCAGAUGAUCAAGGAGUGUGUGUACCUGAUUCCAAGGCCUUAUGCUGGAGUUUCGGCGACCCGCACUACAAAACGUUUGACGACGUCAACUACUCGUUCCAGGGAACCUGCACCUACGUCCUCGUCAACACCACAGGUCUUGACUCCUCCCUGCCAGAAGUAACUGUGACCACCAAGAAUGAGCUCCGUGGGAACUCUGAAGGCUCCUUUGUGCGUUCAGCCCUCGUGGAGAUGUUGGGCCACCAGAUAACCCUCCCAAACACCGACAGAGGCUUCAUAUUGGUGGACGGCAUAAAGAUGGAGCUUCCUGUCAUUCUUGAUGAAGGCGUCAUCUCCAUAACACAAUCUGGAAUUAGAGGCACACUCCGGAGUAAUAUUGGCGUCGAAAUUACUUUUGAUUGGUCCACACUUAUCAUGGUGUCCCUCACUAGCAGCUACUAUGGUAAUGUCGGUGGGCUCUGUGGCAACUACAACGGCGACAAGGAGGAUGAGCUGACAACCGUCGAUGGCAGCCUAGCUGUUAACGUGACACAGUGGGCAGGGACAUGGAGCGUCGAAGACUACGACCCAUUCUGUUACCAUUACUGCGAGGACGAGUGUCCUCAGUGCUCGGACAGCGACCGCAUCAAGUACACUGGUCCAGAAUACUGUGGGAUCAUGAGCGACAAGAAGGGGCCUUUCUCUGGGUGCCAUGGUAAGGUGCCCAUAGCAGAGGCGGCGUCAGACUGUUUGUAUGACGUCUGCAUCAAUGACGGACGGGAAGUAGUACUGUGUGAGGCCCUGGGCAACUACAUGGCAGAGUGCCAGGAGGCGGGAGUGUCUGUGUCGUCAUGGAGACAACUGGGCAACUGCUCUCUUGACUGUCCAGCCCACAGCCACUACAGCAUGUGCGGCUCAGCGUGUCCCCCCAACUGUGGUGCUCAGCCGGAGGUUUGCCCUAAGAUCUGUGUGGAAGGCUGUUUCUGUGACAAGGGAUUUGUGCAGAGUGGUGAAAAGUGUGUUAUCAGGGAGACGGGCUGCGGCUGUAGCCACGAGGGCCAUUACUACCAACCAGGUGUCAACUUCUGGGCCGACUCGCUGUGUAGCGAGAAAUGUGUGUGUGAUGCAGCGACACAAAAGGUGAAAUGCGAGAAGGCCGGCUGUCGAACCGGAGAGAAGUGCAGCGUCGUGGACGGGGUGCAAGACUGCUACCCAGUCGGCUUUAAGUCUUGCAGCGCACGCGGAGAUCCGCACUUCCUCUCCUUCGAUGGACGCAAGUUCGACUUCCAGGGCAACUGUGUCUACAGGCUGGCCAGUGUGCGUGCAGGCACCACGGGUCUGACGCACUUUGAGGUCACCCUGGAGAAUAACAACCGUGGCAACAAAAGAGUGUCAUACGCUAAAGUGGUGACUGUUAAUGUCUAUGGCAGCACGUACACGCUGUCAGUGGACUACCCAGGCAGAGUGCUGGUGAGGAACACACACACACACACACACCUUCUCAGGGGUGCAGUGUGAAUCAAACAUGGCGUACAUUUUUGCCUGACGUUACUCUUGCGAUUUGUUUUGACUGUGUGGUUGGGACGUUUCCGUCUGUGCCGCUGUGUGCCCACAUAAACUAUCAUGCGGCGCAUGUGUGACCUGCAAAAACAUGGCCGUACAAGGCCGAUCGGCUGAAUUC